GCGUCCAGGACUGUUGCGUGCACACGACGAGCGCGGAUCUAGGCCAAUUUAAUGUAUAAUAAUAAAUGAAAUUCGAAUGUUUACAGUGAACUAAAUAAUCAAGAGUGCAUAAUAAAAGUGAAUUAAAAAGUUCGCAUCGCAUCGGGAAACGCUUGUUAACUGCCGCGGCCGUUUUCACUCGCAUUUUGGGAUUGUGUUUCGCUUUCCUCUUUUAUCUCAAGAAAUGACCCCUCAUUUAAAUCUAACAGCCGAACGAACCAAGAUUUGAACGAUUUACAUGGAAUUAUUAUUUUAUUUACGUAAAGAACAUUCAAGUCUCCAAAAAAAUGAUGCCUGGCUACUUUCAAGGAGUGCGCAAUACAUUUUUCGACACGACACAAAAAAUAAUUGAAAAUAAGGAAUUAUGACCCUUACGCGUGCCCCGUGUGAGCUCGACAAGAUGAGCCUUUUCCAAGAUCUGAAACUGAAGAGAAGAAAAGUAGAUUCGCGUUGUAGCAGUGACGGCGAAUCGGUCGCCGACACUAGCACCUCGUCCCCAGAUCUCGUCGGGCCGCCGUCACCCAAGAUGUCAACGGAAACGGUGUGCGGUGCCUCGCCCCCCAGCCCCGACUCGACGCCCGUCCAGCUGCACUUACCACCGGAACCAACGCUGGACAAGAUCUCGAGCCGACUGGAGGACAGCGGAGUCUUCGACGGCGGCGGCGGACCAGGUGGCGGCCUAGGACCAGGGGGCGGUACUGCGAGUGUUAUACGAACGUUACCCGUCGUCCGGUCUCAAAGUCCGCCCAUCAGACCAGCACCCACCGCCAGCCCCUCGCAACCUCCAAGGCCGCACAGUUCGCCCGGACGGCCUGCCAACACCAGUCCCGUCAUCAAACACAACCCGCUCCUCCUGCAAACCAGCACCCUGUCGCGGACAAUCCAACCCCCCAUCGCCAUCAGUCAAGAGCCCACGUCGUCGUCACCACCUUCGAUGCUGAAACCGCGAGGCGUCAUCAUCAGUCAACAGCAACCCGCACUAUCCCAAAACCAGCUGUGGCUGAAACACUCACGGAUAAACGGCGUGAAGCCGGAACUGAUAGGAGGCAGCUUCGGCGGACCGACGGCCAUCACGCAUUUCCCCGAGAUAAAGUCGCCGAGCAGUCCCAUGCCGCGGCCUAGUGGCAACGUGCCCGCGCGACAGACGCCCACAGUGAUAAUGGGCGAGGCGGGCGGCGUGAGAACAAUGAUCUGGUCGCAGCCGUCGAUGUGCACGACACCCACCUCGCCACUGGAUCCGCCGCUUAAUCCCACGACGUCCGGAUGGUCGCCGUCCAACGUCAACAUGACGAACCCGGAAGAAAGCGCAGCUCAAAUGUUACUGAAUCUAGGCCAGGACCGGCUCAGGUUGCCGGUAAGUCGGACGAUCGUCAGUCCGCAGCCGCCCACUUCCGGUCACUUCACGAACGCACCCCUCAACAUGGAGCGACUGUGGGCCGGCGAUCUGCGACAGCUGCCCAUCAACCAGCAGGCGCAGGCCCUCAAUCUCACAUCAGCUUCGCCGGGACCGCCGAACAUUUACGGGACGCAGAACAUUUACGGAGCACCGGCCGACGUGAAGCUGAUGGGUCUCGGCGAAACGAUGACGGCCGAGCAGCACGAGGGCGACGACGAAGAACAACCUAUGAUUUGUAUGAUAUGUGAGGACAAGGCGACCGGGUUACAUUACGGUAUAAUUACGUGCGAGGGUUGCAAAGGUUUUUUUAAGCGGACCGUCCAAAACCGGAGAGUGUAUACGUGUGUCGCGGACGGGAACUGUGAGAUUACUAAAGCGCAAAGGAACAGAUGUCAGUACUGUCGGUUUAAGAAGUGCAUCGAACAAGGGAUGGUCCUCCAAGCGGUGCGCGAGGACCGGAUGCCGGGAGGUCGCAACAGCGGCGCGGUGUACAACCUGUACAAGGUCAAGUACAAGAAGCACAAGAAGCCCUGCAAACAGCAGCAGCAAACCGCAGCUGCGGCUCAAAAGGCUGCGGCCGCCGCCGCCCUUGGUGGUGGCGGUGGUUCGGUCGCUGGUCCGCAGCAGCAACAGCUGAAGUCGGAACAGCAACAGUUCAAGGCGGAACAGCAGCAGCUUAAGGCCGAACAACAGCCGGCCGGGAUACCACCCAACCUAGUCAACGGGACCAUACUCAAGACGGCUCUCACCAAUCCCAGUGAGGUUGUACGCCUGCGACAGCGGCUGGACAGCGCGGUGAGCAGUUCGCGGGACCGCAACUUCUCGAUCGAAUACUCCCUGUCGAUGAUAAAGACUUUGAUAGACUGUGAUGAGUUCCAAGAUAUCGCGACGCUGCAGAAUCUGGACGACCUGCUGGACCACAACACGGACCUGAGCGAGAAGCUGUGCCACAUCGGCGACUCGAUUGUUUAUAAGCUGGUGCAGUGGACGAAGAGGCUGCCCUUUUAUCUCGAGCUGCCGGUCGAGGUGCACACCAGACUACUGACGCACAAGUGGCACGAGCUACUUGUGCUCACCACGUCCGCCUACCAGGCCAUACACAAGGCCGCCGACACAAUGCCGCCCACCACCGUCAUCGACACCGAUUUCAAUCAGGAGGUGGAGGCGAACUUGUGCACGCUUCAGAGCUGCUUAACAUCAAUGAUGGGCCGUGAAAUUACAAUAGAGCAACUGCGACAAGACGUAGGGUUAAUGAUUGAGAAAAUUACGCAUGUCACCAUGAUGUUUAGGCAAAUUAAAUUGACAAUGGAAGAAUACGUGUGCCUUAAAGUAAUAACCAUGCUAAAUCAAGCAAAACCUGCCAGUAGUUCGGGUAAUAGUGAAUUGGAAAGUAUACACGAGCGAUACAUGACGUGCCUCCGUGUUUAUACACAACACAUGUACCCUCAACAAACUACACGAUUCCAAGACUUACUAGUUAGGUUACCAGAGAUACAGUCUGCAGCAUCUUUACUUCUGGAAAGUAAAAUGUUCUAUGUUCCUUUCCUAUUGAAUUCGGCUAUUCAGAGGUAGUACAGCAUGAAGCCAUGGAAAUAGGUGAAAUUCGAAAUAUUUAUACAGAAUAUAGAAGUGUACAUACCGAUGCAUAUACCUAGAGUGGUCGUUAAAAUUUACAUAAUAUAAUUUGUUAUCAAAUCAAAUCAAAUGUUUGUUUCAAUAUCAUGUUAAUUGUAAAAAAUUGUAUGUUAUGUAAGGGUAUUGUGGAAUAUGCAGAGUGCAUCGAGAGUUGGUUCGGAUUUAUUACUGACAAGACGGCCUUGUCGGAUAUAUUGAACACGAAACAGAUAUAACGAAAUAUUAUUUAAGAAAUUCGUAACAUGGAAAAAUUGCAAGAACAAUACAAGUACAAAUAACACCGGAACUAUAAAUAUUUAUUUUAGUUGCAAACACCUUAAGUUACCAAAAAUGUGACUGUUUCCUAAAGGUUAAUGAUACUGCGCAUUCGUCAAAACGACGUUGAAUUUUCUUAAAACAAGUUCAGACUAGUUUGAACUUUAAAUAUAGAUUUAUAAAUAUUUAAUGUUAACUGUCAACUGAAAAUUUCCUUUGUUACUUCAAGAGGCUGAAUUUGUUACCAUUUUAUAAUUAUAUUUUAUGUGUUUAAAAAGAUAUUUUCAGGGAAAUGGUUAAUAUUAAAUAUUAUCAGACUUGUCACUGCCACAGAUUAUUACUGCACUUACAAAAGACUGUCCAGACAGAUGUUAUUUACAUAUCUUGACAUAGAGUAGUUGUCUAUUGCUGGUAAUUUAUUCACUGCCUUCUUAACGACUUUAUGUAGGUCACUCUUAUUCCUCUAAUUCAUUCAUAAGUCACUCCUAUUGGCAUAAUGAUACUAACAAAGUCAUAAGCCCUAAUUCCGGCAACUUUAUUUUAAAUUAUAUCUAAGUUCACAUUAACAUUAAAAAGAUCAUUUACAUAUUUUCGCUAUUAUUAUGUCUUCUGCAUGCUUUUUUUCAUUAUUAUGUUCUACCUAAUUUCUGAUUUCUUAAUUUUCAAUUUGAUGAGAAAGUUCCCUUUC